AUGGAGGAACGUACGGAAAAGGACUAUGAAAAGAUUGGCAAUCCAGUCUUGCUGGAAAAGAUUGACAAACUCUUCGAAUGCAAUGUGGGAGACCUGGUGGAUCUUCCAAUAAUUGUUGUUGUUGGAGACCAAUCCAGCGGCAAAAGUUGUGUGCUUGCAGGCCUUACCAAGCUGCCGUUUCCUCGAGACAGCGGCCUUUGCACCAGGUUCGCGACCCAGAUCAUUUUUCGUCGAUCAAACAUCAAGAAGAUCGGAGUCUCUAUCAUCCCUGCACCAGCGUCAACCAAAGAGCAUGCGGAAAAGGUCAAGGCCUGGCAUAUUGAGGUCGAAAACCUGGACAAUGAAUCCUUUACUAAGAUUUUAUCCCAGGCACACGAGGUGAUGAACUUGUCAUCUCAGACCGAGAAAGAAAAGUCUUCCUUGUCCACCUUCAGUGAAGACGUUCUCCGCUUGGAGAUCCAGGGUCCGGACGACGACCACUUGAGCGUUAUCGAUGUUCCCGGCUUGUUCACAAACACAACUGAUGGCGUCACCUCUAAGGAGGAUAUCACAAUCGUUCAAAACAUGGUCCUUCGCUAUAUGAGAAACCCGCGAUCUGUCAUGCUAGCCGUUGUGCCAGCGAACGUUGAUAUUGCAACUCAAGCUAUUAUCCAACAUGCAAAAGAGCUUGACCCAAGUGGUGAAAGAACCCUAGGCGUCUUUACCAAGCCAGACCUUGUCGAUGAAGGUGCAGAAGUGGCAGUUCUAGACAUGUUGAAUGGGGAAAAAUCCGGCAUCAAGUUGGGCUGGAAUGUAGUUCGCAAUCCUGGGCAAAAGGACCUUUCAAUGGGCAAGAUUGGCCGCGACUCUGAGGAGGCCUUUUUUAACGAAGUUAGUCCCUGGAAGUCUGUUGACAAAGACAAAGUGGGAAUCGAAUCGCUUCGUGGUCGCCUCCAAGAGGUCUUGACGAACCACAUUCGCCGUGAAUUUCCAAAGGUCAAAGCAGAGAUAUCCAAGCAGUUGGCUAUAUGCAAAAAAGAACUACAGUCUUUCGGGGCAGACCGUAGCACUCCUCAGCAACAAGCAGCUUUCCUUCUAGAUAUCGUCACAAAAUUCCAGGAUAUUGUUGGUCAAGCACUGGUAACCGAUUACGGGCGCAAUGACGUAUUUGAACAAUACCGCGAAUUUCGCCUUGCUACUCUGCUUGUGCACAGAGAAGAAGAAUUUGGCAAAACGAUGAUUAGAUGGGGCCAACAAUACCAUUUCGAGGAAGGAAAUAAAGAGUCGGAGACUGACAGCAACGAGGAGUUGGUUAGUUUUGAAUUUAAGGAUGUGCGAGAGACAGAAAACCCAAUCGAGCUUGAAGAUAUACUUCAAGAUCAAGAGACUGUUUGUGAACCGCAGAGGAAAAUUUUGGAGUGGCUGCAGGGCCUGUACCAUCAAUCAAAAGGCUUUGAAAUAGGAACAUUCAGCGGAUCCCUUCUGGCGACUGUUAUGAGAAAACAGGCAUCAAAAUGGAGAGCCAUUUCGCUUGGUUACAUCAGUGAUGUGAUUGUUAUCGUCCAUGAAUUCAUCACCAAGGUUUUGGAUUCGGUUUGUCCAGACAAGCAAGUACACAGCGGUCUUCUGGAGCAUAUGACAGAUGAACUGACCGAAAUUUACAAAAAAACAAUCCACCAUGUCCAUUUUCUUCUGUCAGCUGAGUUCUCUGGAAUUCUCAGAACACAGAAUCAGGCGUUUGGAGAGAAGCUAGAUCAACUCCGAGCAAAGGACCAUCCGAUGAGCAAUGCAAAAAAUGCCGCUAAAGAUAUCCACGCAAUCAUCGAGUCUUAUUAUAAUAUUGCACUUAAUCGAUUCGUGGACUCCGUCACCAUCCAAGCAGUUUAUCAAUAUCUCGUGGUUGGCCCCAAUACUCCAUUGAAGUUACUUUCGCCUGCGUAUAUUCAACAACUUACCCCUGAAAGUCUCCAAAAUAUCGCGGGAGAAGCUUCUAAUAUUAAGCGUAAACGCCAACAACUGGAGAAAAGGAUUGGGGACCUGGAAGCGGCACGAAGAAUUCUUCGCUGA